CCUCUUUCAAAAUGGAGUUGUCAGAGUCUGUGCAGAAAGGUCUGCAGUCUUUAGCAGACCCGAUGCUUUUCGACCUGAAAACCUUUUCAGUUUUGAUUGAAGUGGCAUUUCAAAGCUUGGUAUCCGCUCAUGCCGACUCUAGUGUUCUCGAUCAACCUGAAUUUAAACGGAUUGACCAGAUGUUGCUGAAACAUUGUCACAACGCUGCCACAACGUGUAUACUGGAGGGGGUCAAACAAAACGCUGACAAAUCCACCAUAAGCUCCUGCCUUGAGGACCUUAGGUUUGAUGCAGAGAGAACAGAUGUAUUCUACAGCAUUUACCAGAAGUAUAGAAGUGAUCUGGAAACUCUGUUAUCAAGUAUAGGAAGAUGCCCUCCUCAUAUCAACGACGUGUCCUGGCGUUUGGAGUACCGUAUCAAGAACGGGCAUGUGCAUAAGGUCAACGAGCCGUCCUAUCUGAUUUCAUUAAAUGUUGAGAAUGCCAACAACGGAGGAUCAUCGGAAGAUCUACAUUUUAGCUGUACAAUGGAACAACUUCAGGAUUUGGUGGGAAAGAUGAAAGACGCUGCCAAGAGUCUCGAAAAGGCUACGCAGUUGUGAGCCUGCCCUGCACUAGAAGCGUCCUGUAAGAACUGUGGAAUCCGGUUUCUCACGUGACCCCGUUUUCUCCUCUCUGCGCCCCUUUUCUCUCCAAAAAGCGCUGAAGUUCAGCCAUUGCAAGCGGCAUUUUAUUUUAUUUCCGUUUGAUGUAUACUAAAUUAAUUCGCAAUUCAAUGUACCGUUAUACCUUCUUCAUUAAAGCAUUAACAAAUGAAACGUU